UCUCACAAUCCUCUCCCCUCUAAGAAGCAGGGUGAGCCCACAAGAAGCAAUGGAGCAGGGCAGCGGCCGCUUGGAGGACUUCCCUGUCAAUGUGUUUUCCGUCACUCCUUACACACCCAGCACGGCUGACAUCCAGGUGUCCGAUGAUGACAAGGCGGGGGCCACCUUGCUCUUCUCAGGCAUCUUUCUGGGACUGGUGGGGAUCACAUUCACUGUCAUGGGCUGGAUCAAAUACCAUGGUGUCUCCCAUUUUGAAUGGACCCAGCUCCUUGGGCCUAUCCUGCUGUCGGUUGGGGUGACAUUCAUCCUGAUUGCUGUGUGCAAGUUCAAAAUGCUCUCCUGCCAGUUGUGCAAAGAAAGCGAGGAAAGGGUCCUGGACUUGGAACAGACACCAGGAGGACAAUCAUUUGUUUUCACUGGCAUCAACCAACCCAUCACCUUCCAUGGGGCCACUGUGGUGCAGUACAUCCCUCCUCCUUAUGGUUCUCCAGAGCCUAUGGGGAUAAAUACCAGCUACCUGCAGUCUGUGGUGAGCCCCUGCGGCCUCAUAUCCUCUGGAGGGGCAGCAGCCGCCAUGCCGGGUCCUCCUCAAUACUACACCAUCUACACUCAAGAUAAUGCAGCAUUUGUGGUUGAUGAGGGCUGCCCUUCUUUCAUGGAUGGUGGAAAUAACAGGCCCAGUCUUGAUGCUGAACAGCUAGAAGAGACACAGCCUGAAGAGGAGGCCUGUGCCUGCUUCUCUCCUCCCCCUUAUGAAGAAAUAUACUCUCUCCCUCGCUAG